GCGUUCAGUUAGUGCGGGAGCGGUGUGGACGCCCAGGCUGGUGCACCCCUCGUGUCUGCAGGCCCCGGAGCUGGACAUGGAGAGCCGCUGGGGCAUCGUCGUCAUCGGCCUCCUCUGCUGUGUCUCCUGGGUGGAGGCCAUCACAAGUUCUCCCAAGAUCCAGGUGUACACUCGCAGCCCCGCGGAGAAUGGGAAGCACAACCACCUGAACUGCUACGUGUCCAACUUCCACCCGCCCCAGAUCACCAUCCGACUCCUGCGGAAUGGCGAGGAGAUGCCUAACGUGGAACGGUCCGACCUGUCCUUCAGCAAUGACUGGACCUUCCACCGCCUGGUCCACACUGGCUUCGUCCCCAACGACAAAGAUGUUUUCGAGUGUGAAGUGACCCACAACUCUGUCACAAAAUCUGUCAAGUGGGACCGAGACAACUAGCCGCAUGUGGCAGGUCUGAAGACGGAGCCAUGCAAUGCACUGAAAUCCGCAAGAAACGAAGCGCCCUCCUCCCCGUGAUUUUUCCAGCAGCAAAGCUUCUCCGAUGGCCGACUCCAACGCCCAGCUUGCCCAAGAGCUGAACGCCUGCCGUGAUGGUCGAGAGCCCUCCCGUUUGACCUGCGGCUUCUUAAUAGGCCAGGAUCGUCGUCGUCAAUCGUAUUUAUUGAGCGCUUACUGUGUGCAGAGCACUGUACUAAGCGCUUGGGAAGUACAGAUUGGCAACAUAUAGAGACGGUCCCUACCCAACAGCGGGCUCGCAGUCUAAAAAGAUGCAAGGCAGAGCCCAAACGGGGACUGGAUUUGUGGAUUUGACACUGCUAGGCCCAGUCGCCUUGAGUCACCAACAGCACCGGUUAUAUUCACCAGUAGAUACUGGGCGUUAACUGGCCAGAAAAGCCUCCAACCGAUCCGACUUCCACUUUGGUGCCCCUUCCUUUCCCCCAGCCCUCACCAGUCCCCCCCGGUCCUCCGCUUUAGGUCCCAGGACCUUUCCCCGCUUUGCUUAGAAUAUCAGCCGCAGAAGUGAGAUCGCCGCAGCUGGCUUUCUGUCAGGCCCUUCUAACCUCCUAGCGAAUAACGGAGUUCAUUUGUGAGUUGUAGGAAAUCUGUGCCUUCCUAAUAAAAGUCACAACGGAGUGUC